UCAAAAGAGGACUACUAUAAGAACCUCCUGACUGAUAAUGUACAUAAUCCACGACAAUUAUGGAAAAUUCUAAAAGAUAUCUUGCCGACCAAUGACACUGCCUCCCCAAUAACACUAAACAUUAAUGGCAAGGAGAUCAGUGAUCCUAUCGAGGUUGGCGAUCUCUUUAAUGAAUACUUCUCCUCUACUGCAGACAACUUUGAUAUCAGUUUACUAAACAACCCAAUUAAUACUCAUUUACCAAUUCCAACAAAUCAUAUUAAGUUUACAAUUCCACUGAUAACAAUCCAUGACAUACUAAAUCUUGCAGCCGAAUUAGAUCAGAACAAGUCAACCGGUCUUGAUGGUAUUCCUGCCUACUUCAUCAAGUCCUCAAUUCAUUCCAUUGCACCCAUAAUACUUCGCAUUUGUAAUAUGAGCAUUGAAAAUGGCGUCUUUCCCAACAUGUGGAAGAAAGCUAGACUGAUUCCAAUCUAUAAAGCUGAAACACGUACUGAGAGAAACAAUUACAGGCCCAUUUCUAUAUUAACGAUUCUAUCUAAACUCCUCGAACGACAUGUUGCCAACUCAUAUGUAAAAUUCCUCACAGAAAAUAAUAUUCUAUCGAGUUGCCAGCAUGGUUUUCGAACCCAUCACUCUUGUGAAUCUACUCUAAUAUUGAUCUGUGAAUACCUUCUCGAUAACAUUGAGCAAGGUUUAAUUAAUGGUAUAGCUCUAAUUGAUCUCUCCAAAGCGUUCGACCUGGUCGAUCACAGAUUGCUACUGCAGAAAUUAGAACAAUAUGGCAUUACUCCAAUAGCUUUAAAAUGGUUUAAAUCGUAUCUAAAUGAUCGUUACCAAGUAGUACAAAUUGCAUCAUCCCUAUCCAACCCAGCUCUGAUAAAGUCUGGUGUGCCUCAAGGAUCUAUACUAGGACCAAUUCUCUUUCUUAUCUUUAUUAACGAUUUAUCCAGUUAUGUUGGAAGUUCUAAGCCUUUUUUAUUUGCCGAUGACUCUACACUAAUAUCCUCCGGAUCGGAUCUUCACGAACUUAGUGUCUCUCUAAAGUCGGAUAUGACCUCAGUGUCCCGUUGGACUAACCAUAAAAAAAUGUCUCUUAAUCCUGGCAAGACAAAAAUAAUGAAAAUAUAUUCCCAAUCUAAAUUCCCUGAUCUUAGUCCAAUAACCAUUGAAGUCAAUAACAAUAAUGUUAAGGAGAUUACAUCCGCCAUAUUACUUGGAGUUACAUUAGACCAACAUUUGAAAUGGGAUAAGCAAAUUAAUACCAUCUACAAUAUAAUCAAUUCUAGAUUUUACCUACUCAAACGUAUACGUAGCUAUCUCACUUUUCAAUCCCGUAUUCAAUUAUAUUACGCACUAAUCUACCCACACUUGCUAUAUUGUAGCACAGUCUGGGGCAAUGCUAAUAACGAACUAAUUACGUGCCUACUAAAACUACAGAAACGUGCUGCGAGACUAAUUCUUGAGCAGUCAACUGAAGUGCCUUCAAUUGUGCUUUCCGUAAACUCAAAUGGAUACCUAUUUUUAAUCUGA